GGUAGCGAUAAGCUAUCGGACGUGGACGGGCGGCAGUGCGCUGCUCUCUUCACCUCCACGCCCUUCGCCCACGAGCUCUUUCAGGGGCAGCUCUCCGUGCGCGCGAUUACUGCCACGGGCAACAUCAAGGCGCUCCAUGCUGAGCUGGCGCUGGUGACGUCAGCAGGGAAGGCUGCCACAUGGAAUGGCGUCGCUCACACCACCGUGAAGGCCCAAGACCCAAAGAACGCACCACGGUCCGAGCAACUGCAGUUGCUGGUGCCGCGCGCUGCUGCAUCCGACACCUUCCUUCAGAUCACCUUUCACAGCAAGUAUGACGAUGACGAUUCCGACGAGGAUGACUGUGUGGUUGGCACGGCCACCAUUGCUCUCACUGACUUGAUCAAAGACACCCGGAUUCGCGAUGUUGUGGCUAAGGUGACUCGGGACGGCAAGCCGACAGGAAAUGUCACCAUAGAGGUACGUGUGUGUGGGGAGGGAGGUGUGAAUGGGGAGGGGAGGUGUGAGUGGGGAGGGAGGUGUGAGUGGGGAGGGAGGUGUGUGUGGGGGAGGGAGGUGUGUGUGGGGGAGGGAGGUGUGAGUGGGGAGGGAGGGUGUGUGUGGGGAGGGAGGUGUGUGUGGGGAGGGAGGUGUGUGUGGGGAGGGAGGUGUGUGUGGGGAGGGAGGUGUGUGUGGGGGGGAGGUGUGUGUGGGGAGGUUAGAGGCUUCUCACCACGCCUCUUCCCACGUCGGCCUUCUCACCAGCUCUCACUCUCUCUCCCACUCUUGUUCACACCCUGCCUGCCUUUCCUCUCUGCCCUCCCCAUCCCAGCUUCGAGCCCCUCCCCAUCCUCCAGAGGCUUCUCACCACGCCUCUUUCCACAUAAAGGCUUCUCACCACGCCUCUUCCCGCAUCGGCCUUUCAACCGUCGGCCACUCUUUCUAGAGGCAGCACCGUCAAGAAUAAUGCCACAGCUGCUGCCACUGCCACUGCUGCAACACCACCAACAGCACCAGCAGCAGCAGCAGCAGCAGCAGCAGCAGCAGCAGCGGCACGAGUGUCCUCGUCUCACCUUGUCUCUUCCUGCCUUCCCUCCCUGCCCAACCCCUCCCAGCUUCGAGCCUCUCCCCAUCCUCCAGAGGCUUCUCAGCUCGCCUCUUCCCGCCUCAGCCUUUCAACCAUCGGCCACUCUUUCUCAAGGCAGCUCCGUCAAGAAUAAUGCCACAGCUGCUGCCACUGCCACUGCAGCAGCAGCAGCAGCAGCAGGGCAAGUGGCCGCUGUAAAAACAGGGGAAGAUUCAAAAACUGAAGUUGAAGCAGCAGCGUACGGGCUCUCCCUUCAAGAUCAACGGGCAGUUGAAGCUCUUUUUGCCACAGGAGCCAAUAACGUGACGCUCGCUGCCUGGGAAAACCUUUCUAGGGCAGCUGCGGGCGGGCAGCCGGAGUUUUUCAAGUCGGCGUUUGAAUGCGUGUGCUUCCUGAGCAGUGGCGAGUCGGACACGCAGGUGGGCGUGUGGAGGGACAAGGACCCCCGGAGGAAGAGGCUGGUGGUGUCGUUCCGAGGCACUGAGGUGGUCAAUGUGGCCAUGCUGAAAGACGGACAGGUGAGAAGCGAGCAGGUGGCACCAGCCGCAUGCUUCCCUCCCAUCCGCCCUUUGGUGGGGAUGUGA